AUGGUAAUCAGGCUAGCAGAGGUCGAUGAGGACGACAACAGGCUCAGGGAUAUUGCUACGGGAAGACAGUCACUUUUCAUCGUCUUGGAUUACCUGAGGUUACGUUUAUGGUGUGAGGAUGUACGAGCAGUCAGGCAUUUUCUUGAUGUAUUCCCUGAUGAUUUACCUGGAUUGCCGCCAGAUCGAGAUGUGGAGUUCAUUAUUGAUUUACUUCCAGUUAUUGCAUUACCACUAAUGAGGUUGACAAGAAAAGAUGUUAAAUUUGAGUGGGACGAUAAUAUACAGCAGAGCUUCCAGCAGUUGAAGUAUUGUCUCACUUAUGCACCGGUUUUGGCGCUCCCAGAUGAUAGUGGUGAUUUUGAGAUCUACAGUGACGCUUCAUUGAAUGGUCUGGGUUAUGUGUUGAUUCAGCAUGGUAGGGUGAUUGCUUAUGCUUUGCAACAGUUGAAGCCUCAUAAGAUGAAUUAUUCUACACAUGAUCUUGAAUUAGCAUCCAUUAUCUUUGCCUUAAAGAUUUGGAGACAUUAUCUUUAUGGUGAAAAAUAUAAGAUUUUUACGGAUCAUAAAAGUAUUCAGUAUCUUUUCACUCAGAGGGAUCUUAAUCUUCGACAACGAAGAUGGAUUGAAUUGCUCAGUGAUUAUGAUUGCAUGAUUGAGUAUCAUUCUGGCCAUGCAAAUGUGGUGGCAAGCGCACUUAGUAGGAAGUCUCAAGGUCAAAUUAAUGCUUUAUACACUAGUCACAUCCCUCUUCUUGCCGAUUUGAGAUCCACUGGAGUGAACUUAGGAGUGGAAAAUCGGGAGGACGCUUUGCUUGCCAGUUUCCAGAUAGACAGGCAAUCUGGGAGGACUAUUCAGACGUUGGAGGAUAUGCUAAGAUCUUCAGUAUUGCAAUUUGGCGACGCCUGGUAUCAGUGGUUAGAUUUGAUGGAGUUUGCCUACAAUAACAGUUACCAUUCGAGCAUUGGUAUGUCACCUUUUGAGGGACUUUAUGGUAAGUCUUGUCGUAUGCCAUUGUGCUGGUCAGAGGUUGGUGAAAGAGUAUUGGUGGGCCCUAAGAUGGUAGAGGAGACUACUCAGAAUAUUUAUGUAAUUAAGUUUAACCUGAAAGCGGCCCAAGAUCGACAAAAAAGUCUAGCAGACAAGCAUGCCACUGAUCGGGUGUAUAAAGUUGGUGAUUGGGUAUUUUUGAAGUUAUCACCACGGAAGGGUGUAGUACAGUUCGGGAAAAAGGGUAAGCUAAGUCCUAGGUACAUCGAACCGUAUCAGAUCACCGAGCGAGUCGGUGAAGUUGUUUACAGGCUUGGAUUGCCUCCAGAGUUAUCUAAAGUGCACUAUGUUUUUCAUGUUUCCAUGCUUCGUCAUUAUGUUUCCGAUCCAUCACAUGUGAUACCUUCUCAGCCAUUGGAAAUUAAUCUAGAUUUGACUUAUGACAAGGAGCCAGUGAAGAAUUUGGAUUGGAAAGAUAAGGUUUUGAGGAAUAAGAUCGUGCACUUAGUGAAAUUUUUUUGGAGAAAUCACUCGGUAGAGGAAGCUACCCGGGAGACGGAUGAUCUUAUGAGAGAUAUGUAUCCACGCUUGUUUCAUGAUUAUUAG